GCCUACCGAUGGACAAGUGCCCAAUAUGCCUCGAUGACCUCGACGAAUCGUCGCCCGCGCUGCCUUGCGGGCACCGCUGUCACGCUGAUUGCCUGGGGCAGCUUUCCGAGGCGACCGGAUCGGCACCUACUCGGCGGGGGGCGGUGAUCGCGUGCCCCAGCUGCCGCCAGGAGUCACGAGUCGCCGCCCCGACGCCCGUCGCCGCGUUUGGCGUCGGCGACGCCGUUCUGGCGUUGUGGGGCCAUAAGUGGUACCCCGGCGAGGUCUACGCGGUCAAGGACGGUGGCAGCGCCUACGAGAUCGCGUGGGACGACGAGGAUUCCUCGAACGAAAUUCCCGCCUCUAGAGUCCGGGCCGCGCCGCUCACGGUCGACGUCGACGCGCCGACGGCGCGCCAUGCUCGCCGCGCGGCGGUGGUGACGUCGCGGGCAGCGCCACCGGCGCCGGUGCCGCGCCACGUCCUUCUCCAGAAUUGCGACGAGGAUGAUGACGCCGCGUUCGGCAUCGAGAGUAGUGCCGUGAGCUUCUCCGCGCGCGGCAGCGGCGAUCUGCGCGCGCCACCGGCGGCGCCGCCACCGUCGACACGCCGAGCGGGCACGCGUUCAUCCGGCCCACCGCCGGCGCCGGAGCCGCGCGCCAUCGUGCCUCGAGAAGCACCGCUGAGACUACGCACCGUAGCAGUGAGGGGAGCUGCUGUGCCCCUCACCUAUCCGUGCCCGGCGAGCUGCGGCUGCGGCCUACGCCAUCGGCGGUGUGGUGCAUGUGCCGCCUGCCGCAGGAGACUUGGCGACGCCUGCCUUACGCCCAAGCCGGUGCCGAAGCCGACGCCGCCGCCGCCCGUGACGGCCUCGGCCGUGGUCGCAGUCUGCACGGACCUGCUCGAGGCCGCCAAGGACCGCACGAACAUGAGGGGCCUCCGCAAGCCGCUGACGAGUCGCGGCUUCCGCUGCGGCGCCGAACAAAGGAAUGGAGCACAAUUCUCCAUCACAGUCCCGCCGGACUUCCCAUGCUACUACGACGUCGUCGGCAAGAACUACGUGGUCCAGGGUCACGCGAACACGCUGCCGACGUUGCGGAAGUAUCUCGAGGGCGCCCUUGCCCUCGCGCGUGCCGGCGGCACCUACCGCACCGACGCCGAGUACAAAGGCGCCCAAGCCUUGGCGCUGCCCCCCGCCAAGACCAGUCGAUUUACGGGCGUGCACUUCAGCAGGACUUUCGGCAAGUGGCGUGCGGAGAUCAGAGUGCGAGGGUCUUAUAUACCCCUGGGCUACUUUGACGUCGAGGAGGACGCCGCGCGGGCCUUCGACGCAGCAGUGGCGAGGUACGAGCUUUCUGAGAGGACGCUCAAUUUUCCCGGGGAAGCGCCGCUCGCCUCGGUGCUGGCCGCGCUACCGGCGGCGCCGGCGGUGGCUCCACUGCGCCGAUCUGGACGCGCGCCGGUGCCGAAAGUCAAAGCCGACGCGCCGGGAUCAGUUCUGCGGUGCGAGCGGGGCUUGCGAGAUUUCACCACGGACGAGGACCAGCAGCCGACACGGGAGCUCCUCCCGUGGUGGUCGGCGAGCGAGGACGCGGAACUCACGCGGUUAGUGCAAGCCCGGGGCCCAAGAGGGUGGGCGACUAUCGCCGCGGCCAUGCCCGGUAGGACCGGAAAGCAGUGCCGGGAGCGGUGGCUAAACCAGCUCGACCCGGCGGUGUCGAAGGCGCCCUUUACCGUCGACGAAGUGAGGACGAUCCUGGUCGAGCACCAUAAACGGGGCAACCGCUGGGCCGAGAUCGCGCGGAUGCUGCCGGGCCGCACGGACAACGCCGUGAAGAACCACUGGAACGCUUCCUUACGGAGACGCUUCGAGCACUUCGUGGCCGAGGAAGUGGGUCCCGAGGCCAUACAACAGCAACCGUCUCGCCGCAAGGGGCCGGGCUCGAGGGGCCGGGACGCGUCGACGCCGGCCUUUGACUUGUCCGGGCCUCUAUUGGAGAAGGCCGUUGCGGCUUGCGGCUUGCGUGCCCCCUGGGCGAGACCAGGAGGCCGCCCGUCGCCGCCGCCGCCGCCGCCUCAACCGUCACGCCGAUCCGGACGCGCGCCGGUGCCGAAGGUGAUUGUCGACGCCCCGGACGAGCGGGACCCCAGUCAUAAAAGGCGGGCGGAGCGUCGGAGAAAGCGGGAGACCGGCAGGCAUGUUGGAAGGAGUGUCGAGGGAGCCACGCAGAAUAAAAACGGCAAGUGGAGCAACUCCGAGAUGUUCCCCGGCCGCGAGUUCGACGACCUCGACGCCUAUCGCGCGGCGAAGAAGCAGCGCGCGGCGCUGCGCAGCGCUUAUUUGGAUCAGGAACACCGGCUGAUGAACAACAAACGUAAACGCGUGGAAUAUAGGGGAAGACUAGUGUAAGACAUCAUGUGCUAGG